AUGGACUUCCUAGGCGACACCUCUCUCCAUGACUACAAGCCCGUAUCGCCAACAUGGCCUGCCGCAAUCCCUGGACAUGCAGCAAAUCUUCAGAACAUAAUCAUGAACGAAGCUCUCGCGAUCGAGUUUGAGCAAGGUCGGAUGAGGUCACUAUUGCCACAGUACAACAAGAUGAAGUGGGACGGAGCGACUUCCAGUGAGCUAUCGGAUAAAGAGGCAGAACUAGAGGGAACUUCAGCGAAGCUCAGAAGCUGCAUUCAAAACUUUGAAGCUUAUGUGGCAGUAUGGGACAGAACAGUCGGCAAUACGGAAGAGAAGGGAGCGAAAAGGAAGAGAGCUGCUCAGGAUGGAGUGGAUGAUGAGGGAUCACCGACGCGCGCCACCAAAGCAAAAACCUCCGAGACGGAAACCGCGUCGGAUUCGCCUCAAUUUGAAGAACCAUCUCUUCCUAUGCAGCGUCCCAUCGUUCAAAACAGGUACAAGAUCGUGCACAGCAUCGACCCCAAGAGCAUCAAUGUCGGUGAUAUUGGCUGGGCACCACUGCCACGUAUGGCCUAUGUCGGUUCUAGACACAAAACCAUACCGUCAGAAUAUGGCAACGUGAGCAUCAAGAUCUACCCGUUCAUCAUCGUCAAAAAGCUCGACGACUGCAUGCUUGCCAUCGUUAUCUCGACUGCCGGAGGCCGAGGUCUCAAGAAGAAGGACGCCUCCGUACGCCAGCGAAGUUGCUACGUCACUGGACCCAACUUCAAGGGAUUCGACAAUCCGCCGUUUGGCUGGGCGAUGAGUCCUCGAUGCCAGAACUUAGUGGUCAAGGGGACAGGUUAUGAACCUGCACCAGGCGCUUUUGUUGACAUGCUGGACAGCCACAAGAUCUACUACAAUUCCAGGUUUGAGAAGAGUGGGUCCCUUACGAUUCAGAGUAAGGUCGACCUGGGACGAAUGAGGUUGUCGGCACUGCUUUGGGGUGCGAGUGAGGGCUGA